AUGGCGGCGAAUCCGCGGAGGAACCGGAAACUAUUGCUGACUUGUGGCGGGUGCAUCUUCAUCGGUGCCCUGUUUGCCAUCUCGCUCUACUCGAACGCGGCGUCGAGUGGCGGCGGCGGCGGUAGGAAUAGUCUGUCUGAGGCGGCGGCGGGCAGCCAUGCCGAGUCCGACUCGCGAAACCUCGGGGACGCCCAUCGCGCCGCCCCGCUCAUUUUCGUGGGCGGCAUGCCGCGGAGUGGGACGACGCUGAUGCGAGCCAUGCUGGACGCGCAUCCGUUGAUUCGGUGCGGGGAAGAGACGAGGGUCAUUCCGAGGAUCCUGCAGAUGAGGAACCACUGGGCGAGAAGCCAGAAGGAGACCCUCAGACUUCAGGAAGCCGGCUUGUCGUCGCCGGUCAUCGACGCGGCGAUUUCGGCGUUCGUCUACGAGAUCGUGGUGCGGCACGGCGACCCGGCGCCUCGCUUGUGCAACAAGGACCCGUUCACCAUCAAGUCAGCCGAAUACUUGCUCACGCUGUUUCCCAACAGCAAAUUUGUGUUCAUGAUCCGUGACCCGAGGGCCACUGUGCAUUCCAUUAUUUCGCGCAAGGUAACAAUCACGGGGUUCGACUUGACGAAUUUCAAGCAGUGCUUGGAGAAGUGGAACGCGGCGGUGAAGACGAUGAAUGCGCAGUGCGACGCCCUGGGGCCGAAGAAGUGCUUGAAGGUGCAUUACGAGCAGCUGGUGUUGCAUCCGCAUCAGCAGCUUCAGAAGACGCUGGCAUUCCUGGACAUUCCCUGGCACGACAGUGUCAUGCAUCACGAGAAGCUCAUCAACAAACCCGGUGGGGUUUCUUUGUCCAAGGUGGAACGCUCGUCGGACCAAGUAAUCAAGCCGGUGAAUCUCGGUGCGUUGACCAAGUGGGUCGGGCACGUGCCCAAGGAAGUGGAAGCUGAGCUGGGGGAAAUUGCACCCAUGAUGAAAGUGUUUGGGUACGAUCCCAGCGACCCGAACCCCAAGUACGGGGAGCCGGAUCCCGACGUGGCCAAGGCGUCUUAA